UACUUACAAAUAUGUUGUGGUGUAAUAAACUCACGAAGACAGGUGUAUUUAGUAUGUGUUAAUAUGACAUUUACACGACUUAGAUGAGAGUGGCAAUGGAAUACGAAUAGCCGCAGACACUCAAAAACAUUGAAGAACCGUUACUAUGGAGAUAGCUAAAGCGAGCUUCAGGUCUGUUGUUGACACCUGUUGGGAGGCCAUUGACAGUAUCAUAUAUCGCGGCUCCAAACAGGAAAUCCGUGAUGCCAUCCGAUACAGCAGUACAGAGGAAGUAGUUCAUCUUGUAAAUAAAUGCAACAGCGAACAGGUCAUUCGAGAUGCCAUAUGUUGCUGUAUAGAACUGGGAAAUACAGACUUGCUUCAAUGUAUACUACAGAGAAUAGAUAGUUCAGGCAAAGAAGGUUUGAUUAUCACAAAGCAAUGCAGAGAAGACCAUUCUCCUUUACACAUUGCCUGCAAAUUAGGAAACCAAGAGGCUGUGUCAUGCCUUCUUCAUAACGGCUUCCUUGUUAACAUCGUUGAUCAAUCUAACCAGACGCCAUUGUGGGUAGCAAUAUCAGAGGGACAUAACUCAGUUACUGAAAUGCUUCUAGCAAAUACUAAAAUUGAUGUAAAUGUUUACGUGAAGCAAUCAGUAAAAGGAACAAGGGAAACUCAGAAUAUAACAGUUUUACUUCAGGCAGCCAUACUUGACGACAUGAAGACGGUUAUAGCCCUUUGCCAUCAUAAUCCAGAUACGAACAUUGAAGAUGCUACUGGAAAAACGGCUUUGCAUUAUACAAGUUGUAACGGAAGAACAGAUGGAGUGCGCACCCUUCUGCAUCAUGGAGCUGAUAUAAAUAAACUGACCAAAGAUUUCGAAUCUCCUUUGUACUUAGCUUGCCAAAAAGGACAUGGUGAGGUUGCAAAACUUUUACUUGCAUCAGGAGCAUUUAUGAAUACGACAGGAAAACGAAAUGAACACACAUCACAUCUAACGUGCCAGAAAUAUCCACUGAUAAGUGCGAUUGAAAACUGUCACACGAACAUCGUGUCAUUGCUAAUUUCACACGGUGCCGACAUACACUUAUCAGUGUCAAAUGGCAGACGACCACUCCAUAUCGCCUGUAGUGUAGGGACAUUGGAAACAGUCAAGGUCAUAUUAAAGUCACGUGGAGAUGUCAAUAUCAAAGAUUCAAAGGGGCAGACUCCAUUGUUCUAUUGUUUAAGAAAUGGGAUAUUUCAAAUUGGUAUGCGAUUUCGACUAAUGAAAAAUAAAAAAGAUAGUAACUUUGAUCAUAAAAAAAAUAUUGAUGAAUAUUUAGACGUGUUAAAAGAAGGAAACAAAAUGAUGGAAUAUAUUUUAAAGUGUGGUGCAAUUGUCGACUGUAAAGAUAUUUAUGGAUUAUCUCCCUUAGAUCAUGGAAUGAAGACACAUCGGCAUAUCACGACUUUUAUUUUGUUGAAAUAUGGUUGUAAGAUAGACCGGAAAUAUUAUGAGGAGACAUCAUGGCUUAUAAACGAAACAUAUAAUUAUGAAUUCACAAACUUGUUCUUUUUGUAUAUUUUAAGUAAACAUGAACUAAAAUUCAGAAAUGUACUACCGUUUAAAAUAAAAAGAUCGGACAUCAAAACUCGAACCAGCGCAAAUGAUUUUAUAUUUGAAGAAUUUAGGAAACCAGCAUCAUUAAAAGAUCAAACCCGAAUUAGUAUACGGAAUGCAAUACACGGCAUCACAGGAACAGAGUUUGAAUCGAAAAUCAACGGCCUUCCAUUACCAAAGACACUUAAAGCUUUCCUUAUGCAUUGUGAAAUUGAAACAAUGUUAAAUAUCCAAAAUGAAAUUCUGUAA